AACGUCCUCACGUCUCCAGAUACCCCAAUUGAUACUGUGAUACCCCCAGCUCCGGGUACAUGCUCAGCUACGCUCGCCAGACGCUGAAACGAGUUCCUAGCUUCCAAGAACUGCUGCACGGCGCCAUGGGCUCCGCAAAGGAAGAAAUCUCGGUCGACGUCCUCGUCAUUGGCGCUGGCCCAACCGGUCUCGGUGCCGCAAAGCGCCUCCACCAGAUCAAUGGCCCCUCAUGGUUGAUUGUGGACUCGAAUGAGACGCCCGGUGGUUUGGCCUCAACCGACACCACCCCAGAAGGCUUUCUCUACGACGUCGGCGGCCACGUUAUUUUCUCCCACUACCAGUACUUCGACGACUGCAUCAACGAGGCGCUCCCCAACGAAGAGGACUGGUACACACAUCAGCGUAUCUCCUAUGUCCGCUACAAGGGCCUGUGGGUCCCGUAUCCCUACCAGAACAACAUCUCGAUGUUGCCCAAGGAAGACCAGGCGGUUGCCAUCAAUGGCAUGAUUGAUGCGGCGCUUGAGGCUCGCGUGGCCAACACCAAGCCGGCCGAUUUCGAUGAGCACAUCCUGCGAACCAUGGGCGAAGGCAUCGCGAACCAGUUCAUGAGGCCAUACAACUUCAAGGUCUGGGCGGUUCCUCCCAAGAAGAUGCAGUGCGCAUGGCUCGGUGAGCGUGUCGCCACCCCGGAUGUCAAGAAGGUGGUUAACAACAUUAUCCACAACAAGACUGCUGGAGGUUGGGGCCCCAACGCAACCUUCCGCUUCCCCGCCCGUGAUGGUACUGGAGGUAUCUGGAUUGCUGUCGCUAAGACCCUCCCUGACUCGAAGAAGCGAUUUGGCGAGCACGGCACCGUGACCAAGGUCGACGCGGAUGCAAAGCGAGUCACCUUCAAAGACGGCACUGUCGUCAACUACAACAAGCUCGUCAACACCAUGGCUGUCGAUGCGCUAGUUGAGCACAUGGGCGACAAGGAGCUCAUCGACCUGAGCAAGGGUCUGUACUACUCAAGCACGCACGUCAUCGGCGUGGGCAUCCGAGGAGAGCGACCUGAGCGCAUUGGCGACAAGUGCUGGCUAUACUUCCCCGAAGACAACUGCCCCUUCUACCGCGCCACUAUCUUCUCCAACUACUCCCCCUUCAACCAACCCGAAAAGAACGUCAAGCUCGCCACCCAGCAGUUGGCCGACGGCUCAAAACCGAGCUCGUCGGAGCCCAAGGAGGGCCCCUACUGGUCCAUCAUGUUGGAAGUUUCCGAGUCCAGCAUGAAGCCUGUGGACACUAAGAAUCUCCUGAAGGACUCCAUCCAGGGCCUCAUCAACACAGAGAUGAUCAAGCCCGGUGACGAGAUCGUGUCCACCUACCACCGCCGCUUCGAUCACGGCUACCCGACGCCGUCCUUGGAGCGUGAGGGCGUGCUCACCAAGCUGCUCCCCGCCCUCCAGGACCGCGAUAUCUGGUCGCGCGGCCGCUUCGGCUCUUGGCGCUACGAGGUCGGCAACCAGGACCACAGCUUCAUGCUGGGCGUCGAGGCCGUCGACAGCAUCGUCAACGGUGCCGUCGAGCUGACGCUCAACUACCCCGACUUCGUCAAUGGCCGCCGCAACGGCGAGCGCCGCCUGCAGGAUGGUGCGCAGCUGUUCGCUGCUAAGAAGGCGGGUCAGUAGGUUGACACGGAGUUGUAGUCUGUCUCACAGUACAGUGUAGCACUGGACAUUGGCGACGGCGCUAGCGGACCCAUGUAGCGGAAACGAUAAACGGGAUAUGAACGGCAUGAUACUUAGGAUACCAGGAUGGACAGUAUAUCAAAUUAGACGUAAUGGUGUAUGGAGCAGUUGGGCUCCCACAAAAGCUAUUGAAAAAUAGACUAGAUUCGUCACGUUAGUCUUGUUUUGGGUGUGUCUAUGUGAAUGUGUGAUUUUUGCAGGUG